AUGAAGCUUGGUUUUAAAUUCACAAACCUAUUUGGAACGGUUUACAAGUCAGGAAAUCUGGAAUUUACCCACAAUGGAUCGUGUCUCUUAAGCCCCGUGGGAAAUCAUGUUACAAUUUUCCAUUUGCUUCGAGAUGAGGCUCGUACCCUUUUUAUAAACAGUCAGUUUAAUCUAACUCACAUCGCAGUAUCACCUAUAUUGCCAAUUAUUUUUGCGGUCAACACAACACUAGAUGGUGAUGGGUCGCUUGUAUCUCUCCUUUCUGGGGGUGUUAUCAAUACAUAUAAGUUCCGUCACCCCAUAUCAGCCCUUGCUUUCAGUCCAAACGGAAAGUACUUAGCGAUUGCCAAGAACCACUGUAUCAUGAUUUUUCUUGCUCCAGAGCCUAAACGGAGUGCAAAUUCUCUGGAGUUAUACCGUUUUUUGUAUGGCUUCCAGGAUUCUAUCAAGAAUAUUGAUUGGUCAUCAGACUCCAGGUUUAUAAUCGCCGGCAGCGAAGACAUGACGGCACGCAUACUUUCCGUGAAAAAAUGUGAAAAGCUAAUUAUUUACACUCUCUCUGGUCACAAGGCCCCAGUCUUUGCCAGGUUCUGUGGCAACGAUACUCUCGAUUGCUUCACUCUCGGCACCGACGGGGAAUUAAAAAUGUGGACCUGUGACACGAAGUUAAAAGACAUGGACGUUAGAGAGAAAGAGAAGGGUGAGGGGGUUGCGAAAGCCACCUUCCGCCUGACCUCGAAGUACUUCUAUCGAAACGCAUUGGAUCAUCGCAUUCCUGAGCCCAUUACGACUAUUACCUAUCAUCGUAAAUUACAGAUGUUGGUGGCUGGAUUCGAGAACGGUAUCGUCAUGCUGCAUCAGCUGCCUGAGUUUACACUUAUCGACAGGACAAGACUAUUAGUGGAUCCACUAAGCGCGUUGUCAAUGAGCCCCGCCGGCGAUUGGGUAGCGAUGGCCUCAGAGGGCAGCGGAGGUGGAGGUGGCGGUAAUUUGGCGGUGUGGGAGUGGCGCAGUCGGUGCGCCCACUUGCGCGCCGCCUCUCACGCCGCAAAUGAGGUUGCCGGUCUCGCCUACUCCCCCGAUGGGCGCCUCCUAGCCACCGGAGGGCGCGACGCCAAGGUGCGGCUCUGGCGGGUCGCCUCGGGGGGUCGAGCUGUCGUCACCUUUCAUGAACACGCCGCGCCCAUCACCGCUGUAGCCUUCCCCACUGCCAAGCCCAAGGUCCUCAUCUCUGCCAGUCUUGAUGGCACAAUAAGGGCCUUCGAUUUGAAUAGAUAUCGUAACUUCCGGACAAUGUCAGUGCCCAAUCGCGGUGGGGUGCAGUUCUCCUGCCUAGCGGUGGACUCGAUGGGCGAGUUGGUGGCCAGUGGUGCUUUGGAUACUUUUGAGGGCUUCAUCUUUGCCUUACGGACUGGAGACCUCCUAGCCUGCCUCACCGGCCACACAGCGCCUGUCUCCGCGGUACAGUUCAAUCCGGCGUUGGAGCAGUUCGGCCGACUGGAGGUCCUCACUGCCAGCUGGGACGCUUCUGUCCGCACCUGGAGUCUGGCUGAGUGCGAAGCCGCCGCUGGUGGUAGCGAGGGCGGUGGAUGCACUUUGUUGGAGACCAUUUCUGUACCAUUGGACGUUGUGUGCACGGCGUACCGCCAUGACGGUCGGGAAUUGGCAGUGGCCCUACUCAACGCUACCAUCCUUCUGUUUGACCCCGCUGAAGGUACCCAAUUGGGUAGCAUAGAGGGUCGCUGUGAUCUUGACGUCGCCCAAGUCUCCAAUGAGGACCACGUCACUCCCCACAGGGCCGCCAAGGAGAGAAAGUUUCUCUCAAUUGCCUACUCCACAGAUGGCCAGCACCUGUUGGCUGCUGGCGACUCGAAGUUCAUCUGCCUCUACUCAGUGACAGAGCGUCUAUUGGUAAAGCGUUUCGAAUUGACCGUUAAUCUUUCGCUGGAGGGGGUGCAGGAAGCGCACGACCGACGUCGCUACCUAGCUGUCUUUAGUGCGGAGUCUGCGGCAGCUCGUGCAGACCACCGCGAUGCCCUGCUCCUACCUGGCGUCCGCUCCGGCGAUGACCAUUGCCGUCGCUGGUGGCGCCCCGACGUCCGUGUCGCAUCGGUCAGCUUUGCCCCCACUGGGGAUGCAUUUGCCGUAGCGGCCACGGAAGGUGUUUUUGUGUACACCAUAGAGAAGGGGGGCUUGGCUAGCAACCUCAGCGGCGUCUCCAACUGGCUCUUUGACGCAGUGGCGGUGGACGAGGAGGCCACACCAUCCAAUGCUAGGUUGCAGCUGGCGCAGGGGAACUUCUCCUCAUCACUGGACAUCGCGUUGCGUCUGCAAAUACCCAGUCUUAUCGAGGAGGUCAUUGAAACCGUGCCACACAGUCUGAUCAACUUUCUGACACGUAACAUACCACUGGCCCUGGUGCUGCGCAGCCUGGUGCCCUUCCUCGCCCGUCAGCUGGAGGGCGGUCGGUCACGGCACAUUGCCUUUUACACCGCGUGGGUGGACAGCGUCUUCGUGGCUCAUGCGAGCAGUCUGCGCAAAAGCCUUGCACAGGUCGCGCGGCCUCGACACACUGGCGCCAGCCAACUACACCUCCUCGGUCUGGAGGAGGCGAACGCUGAGGCCACUGAGGAGCGUCUGAAGCAACCAGGUGUGCUACUCGAACAUGGAGAAUUCAAGCUCUUUCAGGCGUCUCUUGUGAGACUACAAACUGCGCUGGAGGGGAUCAAGGCCUCCCUCAUCAAUCGACUAGACGGUCUUGAUGCUACCUGGUCCUACCUGUCACAGAUUGGGAGACUUAGUCGUGGAAAGAAGGACUACCCUCUUCCAUUGAAGGCGGUGGAAUCGGAUGAAGAGGAUGAAAGCAAAAUGGAGGCGUGUGAAGAAUCACUGUCAAUGGGUGCGCAGGUGGUAGAUUUAGACGACCUCGACGAGACCAUAGCGAGGGAUAAGAUGAAGGCGAAGAGGGCAAGCACUAAGCGGAAGAUAGAAGUAAUGAGGGAGAAAAAGUCGAAGAGGAAAAAAGAAAGGGAGGGAGCCACCAUAGUCGUUUGA